CUUGAAGGACAUUUCUCUCUCUCCCUCCAUAAAACCACACCUAAACCCCACUCUAUUAGGGUUUCUCCAAUCCAGAAAAUGGCGACUUCACUCUUCACUCGCUCUCUCUUCCUCCAAAAACCCACCUCACAAACCCUAAUUUCCUCCCUCCUCUCUCGCGCCUUCACUUCCCACUCCUCCACCUCCACCGCCUGUUCCUCCUCUCUCCUCCGCCGAUUCCUCCGUCCUCUCUCCUCUGCAACCACCAUCAAUCGCUCCGUCUCUCGGAUUUCAAUCAGGUCGUUUUCUUCCAGUCAGAAAUCGUCUUCCCUCAACGACCCAAGCCCUAACUGGUCUAAUAGACCUCCAAAAGAGACUAUUUUGCUUGAUGGCUGUGAUUUCGAGCAUUGGCUCGUCGUUAUGGAAAAGCCUGAGGGAGACCCCACUCGUGACGAGAUCAUCGAUUCUUAUAUUAAAACUCUUGCUCAAGUUGUUGGCAGUGAGGAAGAAGCAAGGAGGAAGAUCUAUUCAGUUUCUACUCGAUGCUACUAUGCCUUUGGAGCUCUGGUGCCUGAAGAGGUUUCUUACAAGAUUAAAGAAUUGAAAAAUGUCCGCUGGGUUCUUCCCGAUUCAUACCUGGAUGUGAAGAACAAAGAUUAUGGAGGGGAGCCAUUUAUUGAUGGGAAAGCUGUGCCCUAUGACCCAAAAUACCAUGAGGAAUGGAUUAGGAACAAUGCGAGGGCAAAUGAAAGAAAUAGGCGCAAUGAUCGACCUCGUAACGUCGACAGAUCAAGGAACUUUGACAGAAGAAUGGAAAACAUGCAGCCGCGAGGUGGAGCUCCACCUCCUCCUAUGGCUAAUCAGGCUAUGCGAAACCCUGCUCCCAACAUGGCUGGACAACCACAAAACAUGGGCAGACAAGGUGCACCACCGCAGCCACAAAACAACUACAGGGGACCAGGUGGACCGCCACCUAACAACUAUAAUAUGGGUGGACCAGGUGGACCGCCACCUAACAACUAUAUGGGUGGGCAGCAGAACAAUAUGAGUAGGGUGCCACAUAACAUGCCCAUGCAAAACUACAUUCCUCCACAGAACAACAUGCCCCCGCAGAACAAUAUGCCCCCUCAAAACUACACCCCUCAACAACACAACUACAUUCCUCCGCAGAACAACAUGCCUCCACAUAACAACACAGGAGGAUGGUCCAAUGACAUGCCUGGAAACAUGCAACACAACAUCCAGAAUGAGCCUGCCAAUGGAGGCUACCAAGGUGGACCAUCAAACUACCAUAACAAAUACCCUCCAAGCCAGGAUGCUGUGUAGAUAUGCAAGAUAUUUCAAAUGUCUAGGGCUUGUUCAAGUUUUCGAUGAUGUUAGACCCUGUAGCAAUUUUAAGGAUAGGAUUCAGUACCUGGUCUAUCUGUUGGAAGUUGAAACCUGCCCACAGUUAUGAAGGUAAUGCUUUAAAAAAGGAUAGAAUCGUUUUUGCCUA